AUGGCAGAGAUUAAUUGUGAACAUGUAAAUGAUGAAGAGAAUAUGAACAGCAGUGACAGUGAGUGCACUUCAACUGAAGAGAACAUGGGGAGGGGUGUUCAAGAUGAAGAUAAUAUGAACAGCAGUGACAGUGAGGAUACUUUAACUGAAGAGAACCUGGUAAGGUGUGUGCAGUUGCAACUACCCAAACAUAUUGCAGCAUACUGUGAGAAAAAAGAACUAAUAAGGGUCACCCAACCAAUGGUAUGUGAUACUGACUUAAUGGAAAAAGUGUGCAACAACUACAUAAUAGUUAAGAAGAUUCUUAGCAAUCUAGAGUGGCAAGAGAAGUUGUUGUGUAAACAUGUAUGUUCCACUUGGAAUUCAGCUAUACAUACUCUAAAUAAGGAACAGUUAAAUGCCACAGAUUUUGUGUUGGACCUACAUUUUAAUUCUAUAAAGAAUGGCAUAAGAUUUAAGAAGUCCUCUGAUUUCUCAACAGAGCCUUUAGUGGUUUUUGCAUUUGUUAACACAUCAGGCACUAAUAUUACUUCAAAAUGCAUGUCAUUACUACCCCAUCCAUGCGAACCUCCUUGUGAGAAAGAACACAGUUUAUUAGACUUCGUGCAACAAAAGGUUUGCGGUCCAAAGAACUGCAUGUUUACUGUGAGAGCUGAUUAUCUCUGUUACUUUCCUCUCAACCAUUCACCAACAUAUAAACACACAUAUACCUUUGACAUGUUCAGAAGGCCUCGGUCCAUCAUUGGUGGAAUUUCUAUCCCAGCUAUACCUGAUGUGAAGUUCAAUAUAAUUAAUAUCAAGUCUAACAGUGACAUGGAAAAAGAUUUCUAUUAUGAGGUUAGAGAGUUAUCCAGGGAACGUAUUUUCAAAGGUGUUCUUGUUUAUGUCACUGAAAAAUAUCUUUUGCAUUCUGUUGAAGACUUCUUUUAUUUAAAUUACUUUAAGGAGGCCCAACCUGAUAUACCUUAUGCAUUAGGUGGAUGCAUUGUUGAGGAUUGUAUAUAUGAUAAAAAUGACAUAAAACUAAUUAUAGAUGGUGUAAAUGAAGGGAGUGAUUUUAUUAGUGAGAAUUUGAUUUCUAUUGGAAUUUUCUCAAUACCAAAGAGUGUUGUUAAUAGUGAAGGAGAGAAAUGCAAUUUUGAUGUAUAUUCACUUAUUAUAGAAGCAGCUGAUUGGCAGAAGACUAAAAUACAAAAAAAUAUUGAUGAGUUUUCAAAGAAAAUUCCACGAUUCGAGCAUAGUGUGGCAUUGAAAUUAUCUUGUGUGGGCCGCGAUAAAAAACACGAGUUGGAGCAGAAUUAUUUCCGAGCCGCUUUUCCAAACACUCCAUUAAUUGGUUGCUACGGCAACGGAGAACUUGGUAUCAAUCACCCUCCACGUCCUGUUAGAGAAGAACCACCUAGCAGGAAACGUUUCCGGCGGGACGCCGGGCCUCAACUGGGCAUCAUAUACUCAUAUUCAACGGUUUUUAUGUAUUUUGGGUGGGGUAAAAUAAUUUCGUCAUAAAAACAUUUUUUAUAAUUUUAUGUCUAUUUAAAUAGGUACUACUUAAGUAUAUAACAUAUAAGAUCUGUUAUCCUACAUGGAAUUGGGUAUUGGGUAAAACAAAUGUUAUUAUGAAUAGCCUAAUAACUUAUUAGAAUUUAAGAAAGCAACCAAGAUUUCAGUAUGAGAAUUUUGGUAUAACUAGAUAAAAGUAUCCUAUUCAAAAUUAGUUUAUAAAUUAUAUAAACAAAUGGACAAAUUUUUGAAUACGAUAUUUAAAUUCGUUUAACCAUUAGGCGUAAUUGAAUAACAAGACAAUUUUUCAUAUUUCUAUCAAUAAGAUAGGAUUUCGAUUCAUGCACCUUGUGGAAAGUGAUUCAGUUUUAUGGAUCAAUAGUAUUUCAUUUUAUCUUUAUACUUUGUAUAUCAAUACAUAUAAUAAAAUCGCAACUGGUCGCUGUCUGUAUAUGGAAGAUACAUAAGAAAAACUAUUGUAGGGGGGCUUUAUGAACGCAAUAGAACCCAAAACAAUUAUUUUUAGACUUUCACCAAUACAUUGCGGUUUAUUUCACUUAACAUUUAGUGUUUAUUUCAAUCGGUUCAUAAAUAAAAAAGUUAUAUCAAUCUUAAAAAUCACAUAUAAAAUACUAUAAAGUAACCGGUCAGUUAAAUUGACCUUAUGGAGGUAUUAUGUCCGUAAUUAUCAUUUAAAUACAUAAUACAAUUAUAUAUAAUACAAUUCAUGAAAGUUUCCAAUGGGAACGAUAUACGGGAACUACAUACAAGUGGGCAACGCUGCGGGAAACGGCUAGUAUAUAAAUAUAUACGUACCAUUUUUUUAUUGUAGUUUAGUAAAAUGUGUACAAAUAAUUGUAUACAAUUAUUUCACCUAUAGUUAACAUACUUUGUUUAUCGAGUGUUUUGAAAUAAUUUGUAAGAAUCAAUAUAUUUACCAUUUGUUUUACUUGUAAGUACAGUUAAAGUAUAACAUAUAGUUUUUAUUUUUAAUAAAUGUGAACGGUAACUCUUUUUGCUCUAUUGACACAUGCUAGCGAGAUAUCAGUGAGACAUGAUAGGUGAGGAUGAAAACAGGUCAAUUGGCCCAGCGUGACCAAAUCAACAGAAUUUUGUUGCGAUGGUUUCCAGGGGGACCGUGUGAAGAUCUAUCUGACAAGGUAUAUGCUAUGCUAGCAUUGAGGCUACUUGAUUCCGUUAUUACAAAUCCCUACUCUGCAGUGUGGAAGGUUUAUUUCUAUUGUAACUGAAAUUAAUAUUAUGUUUAAUACAUACACAUUCACUCGGUACAUUUUGAUAAGCACCAUGUGAUAGGCACAUUUAUUAUUAGCUUGGGAUACAUUGAUUGACAGAAAUAAAAAGUAAGUAGGAUAUAUCCUUCAUUCUAAAUAGUACAUGUAUGCCAAAUUUCGUAACGAUUAUUUGGCUCGUUAAAGCGCCGAGAGAUAAUAAACAAACAAACACUUUAACAUUAAUAAUAUUAGUAAAAAUAAUGUUUUUCUAUAGGUGGUAAAUAUAAAUACAUACAAAUAAACAACUUUAGCUUUAUUUAAAAACGAAUAUCUAGUGAAAAAUGAAGGUAUAUAAGUAUAUUUCUAUAGGUAUCGAACUAUAUAUCUUCCUGUGGCUUUGGUUUCGAUCCCCACAGAAUAUAUAUAAAAGUUUGUAUUUUAGAGUAUAUUUAUAAUGGUUUAAGUGUCUACUAUGUAUAAUAUGUAUUUAUAAAUAGCAUUUUAAUUAUGUAUAGUACGCUUUGUACAAGCUCUGUUUAGUUUGGGAGUAGAUGACACUAGAACAUGUAUUUAUAUGUUGAUCCUAUAUUGUAAAACACAGUGUACCCACAUUAGAAGUGACGACCUCGAACAUGUCAGGGAGUCUGGUAACAUGAUGAUGAUAAUAUUCUGUAGUUCUUUAUUAUUUUAUACUUAAUUUGAUAAGGUACUAAAUUCGAUUUAUUUACUUAUUACGAUUAUUAUAAGUAAAGGUUAAUUAACGUCUGUUCUUAAAACAACUUAUAGACAAGAUGUUUCGUUUAUCAUUUUUAAUAAUUAAAAUAGGGUAUAUGAUUAAGGUAGGCGUAUAGAGAUAUAAAACUGACUACCAAUAUCAGCACUCAAAGUAGAAAUUGUUUAAAUAAUAACUAUUUGUAUAAAAAAAAAACAAUUCAAACUUUAGUCGUAUUAGUAUCAGCACUGUGUCUACCUACUAGUCUAUGUGAAUACACUUUUGAAAUACA